AAGGGAGGGGAGAAGCAACUGCAGCAUUUGCAGGGACCGACCUGCCGGCUCCAAGGCUCCAGCCCCAUCUGAGCGCCCGGCUGCAUCUGUGUGUGCCUCUCCAAGCCAACAAGCAAUUCAAGAAGAGAAUACUUGCUUCUACUGGACACCCAAGGAAAGACUGAACUCCAGAUGCAACACAUUACCGUGAGUUCUUAAUCUAGCAGAAGCAACUUGCUUGGAAGACUGCGCAGUCAUCUAUGAAGCCUUAGGUUACGGUCCUGGACAGAAAAGGAGCUCAAGUUGUGAUUUCACACGCCAAGACCUCAAAUUGCUGAAAGCCUGAAGAACAGUCAAGAUGAAGUGGAAUCUCUUCAAAAAACCUGCCAACCCCGAGCCCAUUAUAGCUGCUACUACAGGUGGUCCGGCAGCAUCCCCAACUACAACAGUGGCACCACCAUCACUCUCUACGGACAACUCAACAAUAUCAGGCCCAGUGGAGAGCAAGGAGGAUGUGUUUGCCAAAAUUAAAGAGAAGUUCAUGAAUGAAAUAAACAAAAUUCCCUUGCCACCAUGGGCCCUGAUUGCCAUUGCUGUAGUAGCCGGGCUGCUGAUCCUCACCUGCUGUUUCUGCAUCUGCAAGAAAUGCUGCUGCAAGAAAAAGAAGAACAAGAAGGACAAAAAAGGGAUGAAAAAUGCCAUGAACAUGAAAGACAUGAAAGGCCAGGACAAACAGGAUGAUGAUGAUGAUGACGGAGAUGGUGAUGAAGAGGGAGGGGAAGAAGAGGAGGAAAAAGAGCCAGAGAACCUGGGGAAGUUGCAGUUUUCUCUAGACUACGAUUUCCAAGCUAAUCAGCUUACUGUAGGAAUCCUCCAAGCAGCUGAGCUCCCAGCGUUGGAUAUGGGUGGCACUUCAGACCCUUAUGUCAAAGUUUUCCUGCUUCCAGACAAGAAGAAGAAGUAUGAAACCAAAGUGCAGAAGAAGACCCUCAAUCCAACCUACAAUGAGACAUUUGUCUUCAAGAUUCCUUAUCAGGAGCUGGGUGGGAAGACCUUGGUGAUGGCCAUCUAUGACUUUGACCGCUUCUCCAAGCAUGACAUCAUAGGAGAAGUCAAAGUGCCCAUGAACACAGUGGACCUGGGGCAGCCCAUUGAAGAAUGGAGGGAUCUCGAGAGUGCAGAAAAAGAGGAGCCAGAGAAAUUGGGAGACAUUUGUAUCUCAUUACGAUAUGUGCCUACAGCUGGGAAGCUUACAGUCUGUAUCUUGGAGGCCAAGAACUUGAAAAAGAUGGAUGUUGGAGGACUUUCAGAUCCUUAUGUGAAGAUUCACCUGCUGCAGAAUGGGAAGAGGCUCAAGAAGAAGAAGACAACAGUCAAGAAGAAGACCCUGAAUCCCUAUUUCAAUGAAUCUUUCAGCUUUGAGAUUCCCUUUGAACAGAUACAGAAAGUGCAAGUUGUGAUUACUGUGCUGGAUUAUGACAAGCUGGGAAAGAAUGAAGCCAUUGGCAAAGUAUUUGUCGGGAACAAGUCCACUGGCACAGAGCUCAGGCAUUGGUCCGACAUGUUGGCCAACCCACGCCGCCCCAUUGCUCAGUGGCAUUCCCUGAAGCCUGAAGAAGAGGUGGACGCAGCUCUUGGGAAAAAUAAGUAGGCAGCUCCAUACCCCAGCAUCAGUUACUGAACAUUCAAAGUGAUCCAGAGCUAUCAAUACCUCAGUUAGGCAGUGUUUGGUUUCUGUUUUGUUCUGUUUUCUGAGCUGCAAUAUCCUUUCUUUGGUGACUGUAGAGAGAUUCCGGAUGAACUGAAGAGCAUCCAAAUUGAAAAGGUUUAAAGACACAGUUGCUCCUUUUGCAUUCUUCCAAGUAGUUUGUCUGCUGCAUGUUCAUCAUCUCUCUGUCUUGUUCUCUUCAAACGCAAAGCGAGCUUUUUUCUUGGGUUUUCCUGAGAUCGCCAUGAAUAGCAGCACAACAUCGCUUUGCUUUUACUCACUUUGGGAUUUUCUUCUUUAACUCGGACCUUUGAAUAUUGUGCCAGGAUGAUACCGGAGCCUGACAGUAUGAGUUGACCAAAUACACUGUGUUUGCUUUGGAAAAUAGCAAGGUGCACUCGAAACAUAUGAGGAGAAUCAUCACUCUUCAAGGUGUUUGGCUUCGGUCAUUAGAGUAUCAGCAGAGAGGACAAGAAGCAGCUCUGGCAAUGGGACAUCUUUGGUCCUGGGGAUACCUGGUAAAUUAAUUCUCUAUAAUGGGAGAGAUGUGAUUUCAGACAUGCCUGUUGUCUAAUGCUAAUUCCCUUGUGACAUCUAGGUAACACAGAAGGUAAUUCUGUGCCCUGGUCUUUUUAUGUUCUCAACUGCAACACAGAGCGGUAGUAGAAGAUUAUCAAAGCGUGAUAACCCAUAAGCAUAAACUCUCCUUCCCAAAUACAGAGCGGAACACUUUUUGGGAGAAUGAUAGUAUCAUGGAAUGUUUACGUAAACAGCAAAAUCUGGUAAGCUGACUAUUCAUGUGACAAAUGGGAAGACUUACCCUUUCAUAUUAGUCAGGUUAGCAGUGUCAAGAUGGAUGGAUUAUUAAAAAACCCUGGUCAACCAUGAAAAAAAUAAACAACAGCCAGACUUGGAUUGAUUUGUAGCCCAUUGUGCUCUGCACUGCCAUCUUUAUUUUGAUGACACAACAACUUGAGACCUAGGUAUAUUUAAUAUGAGGAUGUAAUUUUUUAAAACUAGUUUGGAGGUGAAUGUGCAUGUAAGGAAUGGAGAUGGUGACUCAUAGCUGAGGAUCAAAACAAGAAAGAACAUGCAGAUUUGCCUAGCGCCCCACAGAAUGCUGUGUCGAUCUGAUGUUAUAUAUUUAAUUCUCAGUAAAGGGAGCUGAAGUACUCCAUGAACUAAAGCUUUCAGCAGGGGGCUUUCUCUUUCCCAGCAGGAUCAUGUUGAAUUGAGAGAGAACAUGUAGGAAGUUAGUGAGAGUGAAUGCAUUCCAACCAAAGGACCAAAGAUGUAUCAAAGGCAGUAGCAUCUCCUGCAGUAGUCAACAUUGUCUGGCUGCCAAAACAUUUAUGGUUUCUUUGCUGAUCCUGGAGGGAUAAGCCAUAUUAUCUUUGCUACCUAGUUUUUGCACUAAUUGCUGAAAGUCCCCUCCAUUUUAUAUGUAGCCCCUAAUAUCAGUGUCUUGACUAUCUUUUAGGCUUUGAAAGCAAGGAGUCAAGUGGGUAGGGGAAAGGUACAGACAGACACUAGCAUCUUCCUUGGACCUUUGUGUUCCUGGUGGAUCUUAUCUUCCACAACCAUUCAGCUUCAAGGUCUAAAAUAAAAGGGGUGACUCCGAGUGGUGUUUUCAUAUCACAUAUUGUUUUCUUCCACUCGAUUAUGAUAGAUUGGAGCACAGGGUUAAUUUCCAUAUCUAGGAUUAAUUUCUGCUGCUGCAUUAGAGCUGAUUUAUUUUGGACUUAUGGUUGACAGCCUGCAUAAAGGACCUCCUUUUUUUAAAAAGUGAGUGAGAUGGAAGAGGAGCAAUUUUGUGAACUCCCAGCAAAGUUUUGUGGUCAUUGCAUCUAACAGGAAUGCAUUGAAUAUUUGGCAAGGAAAAGACAGCAUGGCAAGACAGUCUAUCCAUCCAUAACGAUGAUAGAUAGUGCUUAGACCCUACUCAAGUUAAAGAUUUGGGGUGCAAGAUUCCAUAAUAAUGUGGCUAUGUGAAGAAAAUGCUUCUGUGGCUAAGGAAGAUCUCAUUCUUCUUUGGCAUAAUUUGGCUAUGUCAGGUUAGGUCCUGUUUACCCUUGCAAUUUUUAUAUUAUGGCUAUUCAAUGAAAUUGUGACCUUCACUUUUAAGUUUAUAAGGAUGUAUAAGUGGAAAGUGAGAGAAAGAAUCCAUGUCUGGAGUAAGAGAGAGAGAUUGGAAAGCUGGGCUGAGUUUGAGCAACUAUACUACCCUUUUUAUUUUGACCCCAAAAUGAAGGCAUUUGUAUCUUCAAUUAUGUUAACUGCGUUGAUUUUAUGUUGGCCUUUUGCUCCCAUAAGGAUGCUGGCCUAGAAAGAAUAGCUUGAGUAACGCACAAGGUAGUAUGUUCUUAGGACUUGCAUGAUCCCAUCCCAUGGAGUACAGUACAAUUGUUUUCAAAGACCUUCUAUUUUCUCUGAUAGCUAGAGUUAUUAAUGAGGAAGUCAGGGGCAGUUCUCACUGUAGUGAUAAACCAGUGUUUGGGUAGUACCAUUUUGACUGCAGAUGAAGGCAAAAAAAAUAAUCCUGUUUAAUAUUUGCAUAUCAACAGACUGGAUGCCUUCCCCUCUAUCUGUACUGGGUUUUUGUUUUUGUUUUUUUGUAUGGAUUGACAUUUUAUCCUUCUCAUGUCGAUCAGUAAUCUGUUAAUAGAAUUUAGGCCUCAGAAACUACUUGUUUCAUUUACAAGAUGACUAUUGCAAGUAGAGUUAAUCUAAGGAUAGUUCAUGAAGAAUUAGACUAGGUGGUCCUAACUAUGAAAUUAUAUGCUUCGUCCUAAUAAUUUGCAAACCUUCAGUCAGUUCUGCUCACUUCUCUUCCCAAUCUUGUAAUUGUAAAGCUAGAAAGAGGGAAUCAUUGCCAGUUGUUUAAAUGCUCCCUCUUUCCCCAAGUUCUAAAAUGUUUUCAUGUGUUUUGAAAACAAGAGGGGAGAUCUUGGAGAAGAGUUUAGAAAAGUUACCUUGAGCUGUAGGUCCUUUUCUCAACUACUGAAGGAUGCUGCAGGUUGUAGUCCAUGAAAGUAAAUUCUCCAAGAUCUGCUGGUUGCUUACAUCUAAGAAGUUAGAAUUACAGUCCUGCCCAUAGGUGGUGUGACAUCAUUAUUUGAAAGGCACAGGAUUCAUUAAGAAUUGUUACAAACCCAAAGACCUGGGUUUCUUAGUGCCAGUUGUUUAAUGGAGUGGCUAUGCUAUAUGGGGAGAAAGAAUCCAAUAGACCACCAACACUUCUGUAGAGAAAGCUUUGGUGCAUGGUUUACCUUUUCUCUUAUUAAAAAGUACUUAAGUAUACAUUAAUACCCUCACCCCAAUCUCCUUUAUUGUGCCUCUCUUAGCUUUUAAUGCUGCCACUGGCAAGGAUAUAAGGCAUUAAGAAAUAAUAGUAGAAAGAUGUCAUGUGGAAUUCUGAACCAAGUUUUAAAGCUGAACCUGGUCCUAUGGACAGCCACAAGCCACCACGACAGUACAGUUAAAAUGUCAGAAACUGGCAGAGGGAAGAAUCACAGAAGUUACUUUCUGUAUAGAGACAAGUUCCAUUGGCAUAUCUAGGGUUGCCAUGUGAAAUAAGGAACAGUGCAUUUGUGCUUUUAAUAUUUAUAGAGAAAAGGUAAUUUCAGCAAAUAUUGUUCUUCAUACAAGCAACACCUUCUGAAAUUGCCUUUUGAACACAUCCACUAAAAAUGUGGGUGCCUUGUCUUUUAUUCAGCUGGCAGCCCCAGCCAUAUAUGAUGCCUUUUCUGGUUGAAAACAUGGUAGAGUUACAAGAUCUUCCAGUGCUCAGAGAUUCUUGUAUGGUUCUAAACUUGAAGUCUCCUUUGCCUAAAUAAAGAAAUGCAUGGGUAUGUGUGCAUUUAUGUUUGUAUGGGUGUAUACACUUCAUAGUUCUUGAGCAUUUGUAUGAUCAGAAUUCAUUUGAGCAGUUAUGAAUGCAUAAGCACCACAGUUACCUACCUACAAAGUGAUCCACAGUCUAACCUAGUCCCCACUUACCAGACAGCAGCUGCUGUGAUCUAUGGGGAUCAGUUCCUCUGUCCCUUGUAUAUGCAGCUGAUUGGUGUUCCCAUCCUGACCCAUGAUUGAUCUCCAUUUGGACAAGCAGAAGCAAUAGUCCCUGUGUAUCCACUUUUGGAGACCAAAUAUACUAAGGCAUCAGAUCCUAUCUGAUUCUGGAAGCUAAGUAGGGUCCACCCUUGUUAGUUCUUGGGUUUGUCAAUGAAUACCAGGUUCUGUAUACUGUAUUUGUUUGCCUAAGAAUACCCUAUAGGGUCACCAUAAGUUGAUAGGCAAUUUGAAUGCCCCCAUAAAAUAGGGGAUAAAUAGGAAUUGUGCACAUGAAAGACACAAAUAUAUAACUCUUAAGUCACCCAUUCAAAAUUGCUCAAGUGAAUGCUGGUCUAUAAUUUGGAUACAGACUGACAUAUUAGUAUUUUUAAAACAAAAUUUUGCUACGGUGCAACACAGUACUGAUUUUGAUUUCACAGCUUAUGCUACAGAUCCCACUACCUUUCAAGAUUGCAUAUUUUAAUGAUUAAUAAAUUUAACAGCGCCAAUGCCAGCAUAAAUUUGUUAAUAAAUUAACUGUGUGAUGAGAUCUAAAUUCAUACCCUUCAGAACUCAAAUUUUACUUUCUGAUUUGAAUUGGUAGUUCAUAUUGACAAGCAGUCAAAUUAGGUUUGUCUUUCCUUAAUCCAAGUAACACUGCUGUUCUCUAUAUGCCUACUCAAAAGAAGUAUCCCAUUGAAUAGGACUUGAUCCCUGGCCAAUGUUUGGCUUGUGCCAUUAAAAAAAGCAAAAACAGAAGCUGCACACCAGCUCAAAAUUCAUCACCCGCAACCACCAUUUAUCUUGAGUUAGUGCUUCUGCUCAUGUUCUUAAUUUAUGUUUGGCUGCAAAGUGAGAUCUAAAGAAAGGGAUGGGAGUAUGAUAGAAGGAAAUCCUGAAAAUAAUGACACUCAUCCACCUGCCAUAGUCAUGAGCAACCAAUCACAUGUAAGAAUUGGUCAUUCUGGAUGUGGAUGCAUAUCCAGUGAUAAUCAAAUAAGAUUCAUCCAUCCAGUUCAAUAAAGCUCAGACAAAAAGUGUUGUACAGUGUAGCUGGAGACCUUUAUACAUAUCAGCAAUGGGUGGAAGUCUGCUUAUGUGCAUGGAUUACUCUUACUGGAUCAGAACAUAUAUUUGAGGAUCUUGAACUUAUAAUAGAUCAAUUGCAGAGCAGCAGCAACACACAAACCUGAUUCUGUUUCUGUUCCAGCUGCUAACAAUCCAGGGUAUCCUAUUUGAAACUGGAGAUACGGAGGCAUUAUUGUGAAGACUCAAAUCAAAACAUAAAAGUUCUUUAAUAAAUGGUGGACCCAACUUUUACUAUUUAAAACGGGGAAGCUAUUAGCUUUAAUACAUAAUAUAAUGUACUUGGAUUUAGUUUCUUUUUCAUAAAGGUGAAGGAAAAGGUGAACUGACUCAAGCCAUCUAAGCCUCAUCCAAAUCCCAUCAUUUGUGUGUAAUUAUAUAUAAAAGGAUAUAGAGAUCUAUUAACAUAAAUAAAAUCCUCUUGUAAACAAUGCAUGAUGACUAGCCAGUAUGUAAGUAGCAGCAUGCAAAAAGCAGAACCUGCUCACCAUGUGUGUCACCAUUGCCCAUUUUCUAGAAUACAGUCAGCCUACAAACUUAUUUUUUAAAUGUGGUAUGGAUGAAUUUAUUUUAUCUACGAUAAUAAGAUUGGGGUGGGGUGGGGGACUGAAAAAAUAAACUCUGAGAGAAAGAAUGGUCGUAACAAUGUAAGCUUAUUUUCAAUAAAAAAGUAAUAAUUUUUUAAAAUAAAAAAGCAACAAAGCAUGCCUGAUUCAUUAAAUCAUUGAAAGCAGGGGUGGGGCGGGGGAACAUAAACACCAACACUAUGGCAACGAAUUUCAUCAGUGUCUUGUAAUAUAUAUUUACAAAACUGUAACUUGUUGAAUUUUUACCAUGUCCAGGUAGCAGCAACAUUGUGGCUUCAAUGUUUUGUGUCGUGUUGAAGCAUUUCACUGUUGACGUAAAUUUAGAAGCCAUAUUUGAUCACAGACUGCCAGGAUCCUGAAAUGGGGAUUGGCUGACAGGUGAUCCUCAGUCUCUUUGCUCUCCCUUGCUAACGUCUUCCCUCCUCUAUUGUCCUUACCUGUCUUCCCAUCUUUGUCUUAUGUUAUUCCCAAGGACAUUUGUGGUUAACUGAGAGCUGGCUUAAAUCGGAGGCCUUACUUUGGUUUGACCUCCGAAGGGAGUGCCUUCAGGGAGACUCCGACCUGGCUCCGAAUGUAUUUGCUGGGGCCUUUUUUCUUAAUCUGAAUGCAGGGACAGCAUCAGCACCCAGAUCCCUCAGGCAGUGGCCAUGACCAAAGGGCUCUGGCAGGGCCUCUACUGUUGAUAUUUGCUUUGGCUCAUUCUCCUGCCCUGAUUCUCCUGGGCUACUGCAAUGGCAGCAAUUCAGCCUAGGAAGCUAAGCACUAUUUGUUAUUUCUCAGAGUGCACUGGGAUACAUAGCAUAGCAUUGUGAGAAAGUAAAUUUUCCAUACUAAUCCUUUGUGAAAUGUACAAGCUAGAUCAGGAGUGUGACUCUAAUCAUCCUUCUGAUAUAUAUAGAAUCAUAGAAUUGGAUCUGGACCCAUGUGCUCUCAAGUCCAAGCUCCUGCUCCAGGCAAGAAGUCCAGUUAGAGCAUUCCCAGCUAUCCAGUCUGUUUUUGAAGAUGCACACAGAGAGAAAAACCUUACCACCUCUUUAGACAAUAGGAUCCAUUGCUGAACUUCUCUUAUCAAGAAGUUCCUUCUAAUGUAUAAUUGGAAUCUUAUCCUGCUGUGACUUAAAACUAUCUGGUCAUACUUUUUGGGGCAGCAGAGAACAAACUUGUAUCCAUGUCUCUCUGACAACCUUUUAGGUAUUUAAAUAAUUGUGUCACUCAGUCUUCUCUUUAUCAGGCUGAACAUGUCUAACUCCCCUACCUUUCCUUGUAUAUUUUGUUUCCCAUCAUCCUUGUUGCCCUGCUCUGGACCUGCUCCCAUUUGUGUAUAUCCUUCUUGAAAUGAAGUGCCCAGAACUGAACAUGGUAUCCAGAUAAGGCCUCACUAGUGAAGAAUGUGAUGGGACUAUUACUUCCAUUGGCUUGGAACCUAUGGUUCUAUUUUAUGCAGGGUAAAUAUUAUUUGCCUUCUUUAUUGCUGCAUUACACUCUUGGGCCAUGCUCAUUUUAUGAUCAACAAUAAUCCUAUGGUCCUUUUCCCAUGUACUAUUGCUAAGCCAAAUAUCUCCCCCAUCUCUAUCUUUUUGGUUUUUGUAGAAUAUUGCAUUUGUCUUUGUUAAUUUUUAUUCUAUUAGAUUCAGACCAAUUUUGAUUGAACUACGCAUCCCAUAUUUACAAUUCCUUACCAAUCUCUUGCCACUUCAAAUGCUGACUACAGCUAUGGUAAAUUGCAGUCCAGUAACAUCUAGAGAGACAUAUUAUUCCCAUCUCAAAUUAGAUUGGGUACACAAAAGAUCGACAUGUUUGAUACUCAUGGCAGAGAGAGGCCUCUGCUCCCGUGGCCUCCCAUUCCAGCCAUGCCACCUCUCAGUCACCCACAAACCUUCCAGAUAAUUUGAGUUAGUUGACAUUUUGGAUCUAGUUCAUUUCUCAUACUUCUGGUGCAGCCCAAGUUCUGCAACACAAACCUCCACCUCCACCUCAUCUCACUCUGCGGGAAGCUACUUUUACUGUCCUCUGCCCUCAUGUGGACUCUGUUUUUGUCUUUAUUGUUAAAUUGUUAUUUUGUAAUGAUAUGUGUUUCCUUAAUAAAGAAACUAGCCGAAA